GUAUCACACACAUUUCUCGACUUCAUUUGUUCACUCGACAAAUAAUCUCCACAACCAAAAUGUUCAAACUUUUCAUCUUCGCCUGCUUCCUCGCUGUCGCCACUGCCAAGCCCGGAGUCUUGCCGUUGGCAUACACAGCUCCCUUGGCUGCAUACACAGCGCCCGUAGCUGCAGCGUACACAGCUCCAGUAGCAGCAGCGUACACCGCACCAGUGGCCUACCCCGCCUACUCAGCCUACACCGCACCAGUAGCCGCUUACUCCGCCUACACUUACGCGUCACCAUACUCCGCUUACUACCUCCGCCGUUGAUUUUGUAACAUUAAGUGAACUAAUGAAUAAAUGAUUUCAAGCA